CCCAGAUUUGCCUAGCUAACUCGGGCCUGGCUGCUCCAACACGCCGUGCUGACGGCCCACACCAUCGCACAGAGGAAAUGAGGACUCGGACUGGGCCUGGCAUGGCAGGGGUCAAAGUCACCAAGGUGGACUGGCAGCAGCUGAGGAACUGUGCUGCCCACCGCACAAGGGAGUACCCUGGCCCUGAGCUGGUGGUUCGCAGGGGCCAGACAUUCGUCUUCACAUUGGAGCUGAACAGACCCCUGGACAGCGAGGAGACCCUCAUCUUCACAGUGAAGACAGGACCACAGGCUUCCGAGACCCUCCGCACCAAAGCUGUUUUCCAGACAUCAGAGCUCAAAGUGGGCAAAUCCUGGACAGCAACGAAGGAGGCUCAUACCGGGAGCACCUUGACUGUCAGCCUCACCAGCCCUCCCAAUGCCAUCAUUGGCCGCUACCUUCUGAGCACCAGGAUUUCCUCUCGCCGCAGACAUAGUGACCUGAAGCUGGGCAGAUUUGUUCUCCUUUUCAACCCAUGGUGCCCAGAGGACGACGUGUUUCUGGCAUCAGAAGAGGAGAGACAGGAGUAUGUGCUCAACGACAGCGGGAUCAUCUUCCGAGGCGUGGAGAAGCACAUCCGAGCCCAGGGCUGGAACUACGGGCAGUUUGAGGAGGACAUCCUGAACAUCUGUCUCUCCAUCCUGGACCGAAGUCCUAGUCACCAAGAUGACCCAGCCACUGAUGUGUCCCACCGCCACAACCCCAUCUAUGUCUCCAGGACCAUCAGUGCCAUGGUGAACAGCAACAAUGAUCGGGGUGUCCUUCAAGGCCAGUGGCAGGGCAAAUACGGUGGUGGCACCAGCCCGCUGCACUGGCGUGGCAGCGUGGCCAUUCUGCACAAGUGGUUCAAGAGCAGGUUCAAGCCAGUCAAAUACGGCCAGUGCUGGGUCUUCGCUGGAGUCAUGUGCACAGUCCUUAGGUGCUUGGGGAUCGCCACACGUGUUGUGUCCAACUUUAACUCCGCCCAUGACACGGACAGGAACUUGAGUGUGGACAAAUAUGUGGACUUCUUCGGGCGGACCCUGGAGGACCUGACAGAAGACAGCAUGUGGAAUUUCCAUGUCUGGAAUGAGAGCUGGUUUGCCCGUGAGGACCUGGGCCCCUCUUACAAUGGCUGGCAGGUCCUGGAUGCCACCCCCCAGGAGGAGAGCAAAGGCAUGUUCCGGUGCGGCCCGGCCUCCGUCACUGCCAUCCGUGAGGGUGACGUGCACCUGGCCCACGAUGGCCCCUUCGUGUUUGCAGAGGUCAAUGCAGACUACAUCACCUGGCUCUGGCAAGAGGACGAGAGCCGGGAGCGUGUGUACUCAGACACGAAGAAGAUCGGGCGAUGCAUCAGCACCAAGGCGGUGGGCAGCGACUCCCGUGAGGACAUCACCGGCCUCUACAAGUACCCAGAAGGGUCCCGGAAGGAGAGGCAGGUGUACAGCAAGGCCGUGAGGAAGCUGUUCAGCGCGGAAGCUCCCGGGAGGAGGGCCCGGCUGCGCAGGGCCGGCGGCCGCGGUCUCCGGCGCGACGCCCUCCUGGAGCCCGCCACCAAGCCCAGCAUCACCGGCAAGUUCAAGGUGCUGGAGCCGCCCGUGCUGGGCCACGACCUGAGGCUGGCCCUGUGCUUGGCCAACCUCACCUCCCGGGCUCGGCGGAUCCGAGUCAACCUGAGCGGCGCCACUAUCCUGUACACCCGCAGGCCGGUGGCAGAGAUCCUGCACGAAUCACACACAGUGAGGCUGGGGCCGGAAGAAGAGAAAAAGAUCCCAAUUGCAAUAUCUUAUAUGCAAUAUAAGCAAGACCUGACAGAGGACAAGAAGAUCCUAUUAGCCGCCAUGUGUCUUGUUGCCAAAGGAGAGAAGCUCCUAGUGGAGAAGGACAUCACGCUGGAGGACUUCAUCACCAUCAAGGUGCUGGGCCCAGCUGUGGUGGGGGUGGCAGUUGUGGUGGAAGUGAUGGUGGUCAACCCCCUCUUGGAGAAGGUGGAGGACUGUAUGCUGAUGGUGGAGGGAAGUGGUCUUCUCCAGGGACAGCUCAGCGUUGAUGUGCCCAGCCUGGAGCCCCAGGAGAGGGCCUCAGUCAAGUUUAACAUCACCCCCUCCAAGAGUGGCCCCCGGCAGCUGCAGGUGGACCUCGUCAGCCCUCGCUUCCCGGACAUCAAGGGCUUUGUGAUCAUCCACGUGGCCACAGCCCAGUGAUGGGCCACAGGGGGCAAAGAGGGAAGGAGAUGGCGCAUUCCCUCCUGCCCGCCUCUUUGCCCCUCCCAUGGGGGAGCCGGGAGGCCUUUGUCCCAGGGCUGCUUCCACUUCUGCCCCACUUUGUGAACUUGGGCAAGUCUGUUCCUCUCCUGAGCCUGUUUCCCCACCUAUAAAAUGAGGUUCUGGACUUGGUAAUCUUUAAGCUUUCGGACAAUGAGGGAUGGUGUCGGGGGCCUCUACCACCUUCAUCCAUCACCCUCAGUGCUAGCAGGCUGACAAACGGAGCAUCACAGCAGUCCCGGCCCGCUGGCUCUGCCAGCGUACUGGCAGACCUUCCAGAGCCCUGGCUGACCCUUAGGCGCUCCUUGCUUUUCUCUCAGCUCUUCAAUGCUCUGACCACAUCCAGACCCAAGAACCUUCCCAGUCCUGACAGAAAACCCAAAGUAUUAGUGCUGACACCCAAACACCCCCACCACCCCCACUGUACGCAGAGGCAAGAGCCUUGCUCACAGCCACAGUGUGAGCAGAGG